AGAUUGGAGAGGUUACCCAGUUAUAGGAUUCAUGGGUGGAGAUCUAGAAGUGACCAGAGAGGCCAUUAAGUUUUAUAGAUGAGGACAUUGGGGCCCCCAAACGUUCAGUGAUUUGCCCAGGGUCCCAUAGCUUAAGUGGCAGAGUGAGAAUUCUGAGCCAGGGCCUCUGACUCUUAAGCCAAAGUCCUCUCAAUACACCAGCCUGCCUCUUGCAUUAGGGUAAAGUGCUUUGCCAACUUGAGAGCCUGUAAAUUAUUAUUGGAUGCCUGCUGACCACCUCCUGACUCCUUUUUUCAGCUCUGACUCCCUGGUAACCAUUUUUCCUCUCCCCUUCACAGUCCAAAGCUCAUUCUUUCACCCCUGCCAGCCCUGUGGGCACUGAGCCCAUGCCAAGCUGUUGUCUCCCGGGGGACAGGCCUUUUGAAAAGAGUCACUCUCCCCUCCUCUUCCUCCCCCUCCCCCACGCCCUGCCCCAUCCCUCUCCUACCCCAUAUUUCUGCCUCAUUGUCGAGGGAGGGGCUUGCUUCCCGUGCUUAGAGAUCCCCAGGGCUCCCCACCCUCGUCACCACCUCUGGGCUCCGCUCCAAGCCGGCCCAGGAGGCGCACGCGAGGCCGCUCUUGAGUUGUCCCAGCGUUGUCAGGGUGACCCCGGCUGGGUCCUGGGCUUGAGUGCACGCGCUGCUCGGCGCCGGCCGGGCCAAGGUUUUGGACCGACAAUUUCUUGGCUCCCAGGGCGUCAGGGGCGGAGUCCGGGCACCUCGAGGUCCUCCACUGGGGCUAAGAACAGCAUGCCCAUCACUAAGAUCCCCAAGACCACCCAACCUUUGUGGGUUGAAUGGGAUCGGAAGGCCCAGAAGACUGGCCUGAGACAUGAGGUUUACGCGGUCAAUGGCGACUGCUAUGUUGGGGAAUGGAAAGACAACAAGAAACACGGAAGAGGAAUCCAGAGAUGGAAAAAAAGUGGAGCUAUCUACCAUGGAGAAUGGAAGUUUGGGAAGAGAGAUGGUUAUGGGACCCUCAGUCUUCCUGACCCUGAGAAUAAAUAUAAGAAGGUCUACUCUGGCUGGUGGUCCAAAGGCAAAAAAUCUGGCUAUGGUAUCUGGUACUAUGGGCCCAACGAAUACUAUGAAGGAGAGUGGAAGGACGGCCUUCGAAGCGGAUGGGGCCGCAUGUACUACGCCAAUGGAGACAUCUACGAGGGCCAAUGGAGUCUGGGCCAGAGAGAUGGGGAGGGCAUGCUCCGUCUAAGUAAUGGAAACCGCUACGAAGGCUGUUGGCAAUCUGGGAUGAAAAAUGGGACUGGUCGCUUCUUCCAUCUGGACCAUGGGCAGCUCUUUGAGGGUUUCUGGGUAGACGACGUGCCCAAAUGCGGGACCAUGAUCGACUUUGGUCGAGAUGAAGCCCCUGAGCCCACCAAGUAUCCCAUCCCAGAGAUUGAACUGCUGAAUCCAGAUAAGGUGCUGGAAGAUGCUGUAGCCAUGUUCAUCCAGGAGGAAGAUUGAAACCAUCAGCAGAAGAAAUGACAAGGGCUGAAUCAGUAGAAGCAACAAGGGAAGGGCUGGUCAAGAGCCCCCCCUGCCCAAGGCCAAGUCAUCCGGGCCCUUGGGGGGAGGAGGCCAUUCAGGGUGGGUCAAGC